CUCACGUGAGCCGAAGCCUACGUGUGCAGACCUCCUUCUACCUUAGUGUUAGCUCUCUGUGUUAUUGCUGAGAGCUGGCAGGCCAGCUGCGGAAGGAGGAGGAGAAGCUCCAGUUUUCCCGUACUUGCUGGGCCCGCCCCCAGUCCUGCGCUUCCAGAGGGGUGUGGUUUUUGCUGGGAAAAUGGCCGACCACCGCAAGAAGGAGUGCCAGGAUGUAGCCCUAUAGCACCAGGGCUUUGUCAGCGGAGUCCAGAGAACUGGGGACAGGGUGCCUGUAUCUGUGCAUCUCGCUCCUGAAGACCAGUAUAAAUUGAGAAGCAGAGAAGGGAGGAAAUAUUUCCAGAAUCAAAUGUGCAAGAGGCUGGAAAGGAAGAAGGAACUACUUGGAUUUCUGAGGGUGUAUGUGAGAGUGUCUCUGUGACCCUGACUCAGGACAUCUGCAAGGGUGUCACUGUUUCUGCUGUUGUAGCUGCUCCUUACCUGCAGAAUCUGAAGACUUUGCCCCUGGCCUGAGAAUAUUCUGGACCAGAACAAGCCAGCUCUGUGUCCAGGUUAAGGGAUUCACCCCAGCUGUACCAUGGGACGCACCCGGGAAGCUGGAUGUGUCGCUGCAGGCAUGGUCAUUGGAGCUGGUGCCUGCUACUGUGUAUACAGACUGACCUGGGGAAAAGAUGAGAAUGAGAAGUUGUGGGAUAAUGAAGAUGAGGAGGAGGAAGAAGAGAAGGGAAAGUCUUGUAGUGGCAAACGAGAAAUUGGGGGCAAAACUGAGAAAGAACUUAAGACUAGUGUUGGGGUGGGGGCAGGAGCUAAACCUCAAGGUUACUCAAAGGCCAAAGUUGAGGCGAAUGUGGGGCCUGAGAAUGGUCCAGGUGUAAAGAAGGAAGUGCACCCAGAAUCCCAGAGUGGGGGUGGCCUAGAGGCUAAGGCCAAGGCCCUUUUCAAGAUCUUAAAGGAACAGGCAAGUGCAAAGGCAGGCAGAGGCAUAAGGCUUCCUAACAUCUCUAGGAAUAGGACGGUGGUAUCAAGUUUGCCCUGCCCAGGAGGCAGGGGUGGAGGCUGCCACCCGGGAAGGACUGGCUCUAGGGCUAGGAACAGGACGAGUGGGAAAGUCAAGAGAAAGAACCGAAGCAAGAGCAACAAGGCUCCAGCCACAACAUGGCCUGUACGUAAGGGCAAGUUCAACUUUCCCUAUAAAAUUGAUGAUAUUCUGAGUGCCCCUGAUCUUCAAAAGGUCCUUAACAUCCUGGAGAGAACAAAUGACCCUUUUACUCAGGAAGUAGCAUUGGUCACACUGGGUAACAAUGCAGCGUAUUCAUUUAAUCAAAAUGCCAUCCGUGAAUUGGGUGGGGUCCCAAUUAUUGCAAAACUGAUAAAAACAAGAGACCCCAUUAUUAGGGAAAAGACUUACAAUGCUCUUAAUAACUUGAGUGUUAAUUCUGAAAAUCAGGGCAAGAUUAAGACUUAUAUCAGUCAAGUGUGUGACGAUACCAUGGUUUGUCGCUUGGACUCAGCCGUCCAAAUGGCUGGAUUAAGGCUCCUAACCAACAUGACUGUGACUAAUCACUACCAACAUUUGCUUUCUUAUUCUUUCCCAGAUUUCUUUGCUUUGUUAUUCCUGGGAAAUCACUUCACAAAGAUACAGACUAUGAAGCUAAUUAUAAAUUUUACUGAAAACCCAGCCAUGACAAGAGAGUUGGUCAGUUGUAAAGUACCAUCAGAAUUGAUUUCUCUCUUUAAUAAAGAAUGGGAUAGAGAGAUUCUUCUUAACAUUCUUACGCUCUUUGAAAAUAUAAAUGAUAACAUAAAAAGUGAAGGGCUUGCAUCAUCCAGGAAAGAAUUCAGCAGAAGCUCACUCUUUUUCUUAUUUAAAGAGUCUGGAGUAUGUGUGAAGAAAAUCAAAGCAUUAGCAAAUCAUAAGGAUCUGGUGGUCAAAGUGAAAGUUCUAAAAGUCUUAACCAAGUUAUAAUUGGAGAUCUGUUCCAAACAACACGGAUGUGAUGUUUCUUAAGUUUGCACGUGGGAACAAUGCAUUUUGUAAAUUCUUAGGUUUUCAUUGCGCUUGUGUAGCAAAGGGAUCCUUUGAGCUGCUAUUUAGGAAUAAUGAAUAUCACAGAGCAUCAACAGCCAUUGAUGCUGGCUUUAGACUGAGCCACUUUAAGUAUGCCAAAUAUAAGAGCUUGCACAAAGAAAACAUUUACUAAUUCAACUUGCUACUUAGGUUGAGAUAUUUUUAUUGUUUAGCUAAACUGACAGUGAAGUAACUAUGUCAUAAAUAAGCUAUACUUUUGUAUUGAUUUAAAUUUGUUCGUCUAAGAGUUGUGCUUUAUCAAUAAAGUUAUGUUUAGGCAGAAGAAAAAAAGCACUGUCUUUGUCCUUGGGCUCAGGAUCUGUUUGGAGAUGCCAUAUCUGAAAAUACUUAAAUUUAAAGUCUGUGUAAGUUUAUAAAAUCUGUAAGAGUCAUUGGGCACUGCUGGUACGUGUCUCUAAUCUCAGCAUUUGGGAGGCAGAAGCAGGCGGAUCUUUAUGAGUUCAAACCCAGCCUGGUCUUCAGAGCGAAUUACAGGACAGCUAAGGCUAUACAGAAACAUUCUGUCUCAAAAAAAUAAACAAACAAAUCUGGAAGAGUUUCUAGUCACCCAUGGAUGCUUCCUAUCAGUGCUUAGAGGCAGCAGAAACUAUUGUAUACAAUAAUGUCCAGGGAAUGGUUUUUAGAGAAGGGGAACUUAAGGAGGCUGUGCUUGAAGAAUAAGAUAAAAAAGGCCAGAAGGUUAUUGAGGGUGGAUUGGUGGGAGAAAAGCCUAGAGGUGCGGAUACAGCUUCAGAGAGAAUGUUGAUGAGCCUGUGUCUGUUUAAAGAGGAGACCCUUAUAUACCAAUUCAUAAAAAGUUAAUGGGAUUGACAGGUUACUUAGAUGGAUUCUUACAAUUUUCUGAACUGUCACAGAAUAUCACAAAAACCAAAAGCAUGUGCAGAUGCUGUUGAACCUGACAACUUUAAUCAUCAAUGCCAUGAAUUUUUGUUUGGAAC